AGAGUAUGCCCCAGGAUUCGAAAAAUAAUAGAGAAGCAUGCUGAAUGGGCAUCAGAUUGUAUCCCUAUCAAGUGUAGUGAUAGGCAUUAUCAGGUUUCCUCGUUUGAUGGGACCCAAUUCUGUAUUGACUUGAAUGAGAGGAGCUGCUCAUGUAGAGGGUGGGGACUGAGUGGUAUCCCCUGUAAACAUGCUAUCAGUGCAAUAUAUAAUCAAGAUGAGGAUCCAGAAGAUUAUGUGCAUGAAUGUUACACAGUUGAAGUGUACAAGAGUAUUUAUCAACACGUGAUUCUUGGGAUAAAUGGAGAGGAACUAUGGGAUAAGGGCAACUAUAUUCCACUAUUGCCUCCAAAUUUUGGUAGAGGGGUAGGUAGACCAUCCAAAGCAAGAAGAAAAGAACCUGAUGAGCCAACAUCUCAAAAGAAGAAAAAGUCUUCUUCCAAAACCAUUGUUAAGCUAAAGUGGAAACAGAACACCGUUAAGUGUAAAAAGUGUGGUGUUGAAGGUCAUAACUCUGCCACUUGUGAGAAGCGGAAGCAAAAGGGUGACAAAUUGAAGGUGCGGAGAAAAAAGAACAGUCCAAAUAUAGAAGUUACAAUGGAAUCACAAAUUGAGAGCUCAAGCACUUUAAGUAAUAGUGGAGUCAUAACGGAGUCUGAGACGAAUGCUGCUCUAUCUGCUUCUGCCCAUAUGUUUGUUUCCAAGUCUGCUUUGCUGCCACCAAUUCAUAAAGAUGUUAUAAGAGAGGACUUUGAAAUAUAUAUGGCCACACAAGAGUCAAGAAUCAAAGAAGUUGAGAGGCUUUCAAAGUUUGUUGGCCCUUCUAUGUUUGAGCAGUUACACAUGAGUAGAGCACCGCUACAAAUGACUCCGGGAACAAGCAUUACCUCUGUCUUGUCUACAGCAGUUCAAAUUAGAGCACCACCCCCAAUGACCCAUCAACCUUUGCCAGCAAGAACUGCAGAACCUAUGUUAUCUGCACCUGUAAUAGUAGAAGGGGGGAAAGUUUAUCAAGCUCUCAAGUGUUAACAAUCUGGGGAAGGGACCAUCUUAAAAGUUAAAGAUGCUUAGCUUAUCUUAGAUUAGCUUGGAUGUAAAUGCCCAUCCUUUUGUUUAUUUUUGUAUUUAUGGGCUUAAAUUACCAAACUUUUUUGUAAGUGGCCAUGUUUUUUUGUUGCAACAUCCCUAUUUUGUAAGCGGAUGUUAUCUGGCCAUGUUUUUUUGCUCCAACAUCCUAUUUUAUAAGUGGAUGUUUUUUUGUAAGGGACCAUAUUUGGUUGGACAGGAU